UAUGGAUCAUUAUACUGACUCACUUCUACGAAUUACUUUCUAGAAUGUCCUUAAAUGUGUGUUAUAGAAACAAACAUAAAUGAAAUAUCACACAACAUUAUUAAUUUAACAUGCAAGCAUCCCUAUCCCUCGUAAUGUGUCUGAAGUAUUUUGCCUUUUCUUAGUAAAAAGAGCCUUAUAUGAACAAAAAGAUCAACCUGUAGCUUGCCACGAAAAAAAAAAAAAAUAAGUUGCAUGAUUAUUUACAAAGAAAUAGCAAAAUUUUCCUGGUCCCUGUGAAUGAUUUAUGAUUCAUAACCUCACCGUCAUGAUUAUGUCUGGACUUGCAAUGUAGUUUCAGAGCCAUAUAAAGCAUCUUCUGUCUUUAUGUCAAGAUAACAGCUGCUGUGGUGUUGCUGGUGAAGACUCAGGAUUUACAGGAAUAAUGAGUGCAUCCAAACCCCAGGAAAGCGGUGAGGUGCGAAUCGAACCCUCUCUGAAUAAGAAUGAAGCAGAGUUUAUAGACGGAAGGAGAAAAUCUGUUCUACAAAGCCUGAAGAAGCUUCAGAUAAAGUGCCGUCAGAAUGAGAUGCCAAACAUUGCCUUACUGGGUUCUGGAGGAGGACAACGAGCCAUGGUGGGAUUGCUGGGAUCCCUGGUUCAGCUCCAGAAAACAGGUCUUCUGGACUCCAUCCUUUAUUUGAGCGGAGUCUCUGGAUCCACGUGGUGUAUGGCCUCCUUAUAUCAGGAACCAGACUGGUCCACCAAACUAGAGACUGUGAAAAACAAGAUCAUCAAGAGACUCAGCGGUCCUGAAGUCAGCUGGAAAGAAGCAUUUGCCAAACUGAAGAAAUAUUAUGCGAAAGACCACUUCAGUUUGACUGACAUCUGGGCAGUGAUGGUCAUCACGACAUUUGUGAAAGAGAUCGACGAACACACACUCACAGAGCAGUGGAGCCAGCACAGUAAAGAUGGUAAAGUCCCGUUUCCCAUCUACACCGUGAUCGACAAGAAGUGCAAACAACGCAAUAUCGGAGACCCCUGGUUCGAGAUCACUCCUCAUGAAGCAGGUUAUUCUCUCACUGGAGCGUUUGUGGACGCCUCCAACUUUGGUAGCAAGUUUCACAAAGGCUCCAAGAAAUAUCAGCAGGAUGAAUUUGACAUGCUGUACCUGCAAGCUCUAUGCGGAAGCGCUUUAGCUGAUGAAGUGGAGAUUGAGAAACAGCUCUGGCAAAAGAUAAAAGAUUUAUUUCAACAAAAGGAAACAAUAUUUCAGGAAUCGAGGAAGGAACAGCAUGUGAUGAGACUGGAAGCAUUGGAGAGCAGUGCAGAGACGGAAGACAUUUUUGCGGCGGGAUUCGAACUCAGGAGGGGAGAAGAGCUACUGCUCAUAUCAGAGCACAGACAAGAAGAUCCAAUCGCUCCAGCUUCAGACGAGGAGUUUUACCAGAUGCUCAUGAACCUCGUGGACAUGAAUCUCUCUGCUUUGACUGAGGAAGAUCCUUCUGCUUUUGAUGAAUCCAUCCAGACACUGAACGACCUCUCUGGAGGCCAAAGUCGUCUGGAAGGACUGAGAAUUGCUGAUGAAGAAGCACAUGAACUGGAUUUGAAGAGUCACACCAUGGAUGUAAUCAACAGUCUGAGUGGUCAGAUUGGUUACUGGCCAUUGGAUGCUUUGGCGAGAAUUAUGAAAUGCAUUUCUCGGUGGAUAUGGGGUAGGAAUUAUAACUUCCUCCACGACAUGACAGGUGAAGCAGUGCCCUCCACUCUUCAGGAAACUGAGACGAGAGACUUUGAAGAUGCCGGACUGUUGCUCAACUCACCCUACUUCUCAGUGCUGAGAAAAGAGAGACACAUCGACCUCAUCAUUUCACUGGAUUUCAGUGAGGGUGAUCCUUUCAUGACAGUGAAGGAAGCUGCAAAGACGUGCAAGGAACAAAACAUCCCUUUCCCUGAGGUCAACAUUCCCAGUGAAGACGUAAAGAAACCGAAGGAUUUCUAUGUGUUUAAAGGCAAAAACACUCCAACCGUGAUCCACAUUCCUCUCUUUAAUAUGGUCAACUGUGGAGAUAAAAUUGAGGCCAAGUGGAAAAGUUAUAAGACCUUUCAAGGUCCUUACAGUGCUGAGAUGAUCACUGAUCUCAUGGAGGUCGCUGGAAAAAACAUCACAAACAACAAAGACAAGCUGCUGGAGCAGAUCCGUGCGGCCGUUGGGCAAAAAGGAUCCAGACGUUAAUGUUUAAAAUCUGAAUAUAGACUAAACUGAUUUGCAUAUCAGCAGUGUUGGGCGUCAAGAAACUCAAGAAACUUGAGUUACGUAAUCAGAUUACUUUUUUCAAGUAACUAGUAAAGUAACGCAUUACUUUUAAAUGUACAAUUUAAUCUCUGAGUUGCUUUUUCAAAUCAGUAACACGAGUUACUUUGUUUUCACAUUUAUUGACUGAUGCCUCUCCUGUCGCCAUGUUGAGAGGAAGUGUUUGUAACGUAACAUUACUUUCCUUAAAAAGUAACUAAGUAAUGCAAUGGGGGUAAUGGGGGUAAUGCAAUACUUUCUGAAGUAACUUUCUAAAACACUGCAUAUCAGUCAUUUUAGUUUAAUUUCUUUUUCAGUCAGCUUUUUUUUCUGCAAAAUGACAUUAGAUUAUCAGAGGUUUCCAUUUAAAUUCUGUUUAAAAUGGUUCUGCAUGUUUCAAUGUUUCAUCAUGCAUGCUGAUUAUAAUAAAAUAGAGUUAUGGUCCUGAA